AUGGCGCAAUGGCGUUUCGGAUCAACUGCACUUGGAGAGCUUUUCAACCAGAAUCCAGAGCUCUUCUACAUCUUCGAAUCACUCUGGCCAACUACAAAAUUACGGAAAUUAAAGAAUGUAACGCAGAACACUCCGGAAAGUAAAGAAAUGGCCAGAGAUAUACUUCGCGGUUUCGCCAAGUGCGAUUUCAAAACGGACUUUGUUGAGAUUUUACAUCAUUGGUUUGGUUCUAGCAAGAACAGAGGACUCUGUUUGAACAGUACAUCUUGCAGAAUGCACUCAGCAAGCGCUCUCGGGAACUUUUGUAAAGAAUUCAAAGGUAGACUUGCCACGAAGAUCAUCCACGCCGAUCUAGACCUUCUGAAACCGCUGGUGGUUGAGGACGGUAUCAAUCUCAAAAUUAUCCACCUUGUUCGUGAUCCCCGUGGAGCUACCCAGUCCAGAAUAAACUACCUGAACUUCCAUUAUUCACAACAUGUGGCUAAUGCACGGCCUCUCUUCCCGAACUUGGGCCGCCUUAAACCGCUUGGUCUUCUUGAUGAUAUUCCAGAGUACAUGCUCCCCAUUCAAGAGAUGAACGAUAACAACCCUACAGUUCGAGGGUUGUGCCAGUGGAUCAGGGAGAACACGAAGUCAUCGUCCGACGCCUUUCCGCCAUGGUUACAAGGACGAUACCAUCUUGUUAUUUACGAGGAUUUCGCCAAAGCCCCUUUGACAGAGGCUAAAAAGAUUUACAACUUUAUCGGGAUGCCAUUCAAACCAGAACUCAAGAAGUUUGUCCACGACAUGACGCAUUCAAACUCCAGUGACAAAUCUUUAUAUUCAACUUCAAAGGAUGCGCAAAAAACAGCCAAUAAGUGGAUGAAGAACUUGACAGUUAUGGAACAGAGACAAAUCGUAAAGGAGUGCCUGGAUGUCCUGCAACUCCUGGGAUACGAACCAAAUUUCACCAGGAUACUUCCAGAGAGUUGAUGGUUA